AUGUUUAUUGCUUGUACACAUGAUGGUUAUGUAUUACGUGAUGGUAUUCCACAUAUGAAUGAUGUAUGGCCUAGUAUUCAUAUUCGAUAUAUUCCUCCUGGACAUGUUAGGGCAUUUUUAUUUAAUCAGUCAGGCUUUCAUCAUGCUGCUGCUGCUAAAAUGUUACAACGACAAGAACCAUAUGUAAAACUAAAAAAACAUCUAAUCAUAUCACCAAUUUCUGUUACUACACCUAAAAAUGUGUGAAGAUAUAUAUUUUUUUCAUAUAGAUAUUUUCUCGAAAAGUAUCAAAUAUUUCCUAGUUUUUGUGUUAUGAUUUGAAUAAUAACUCAGAGAAAAGAAAACUUUUGAUCAAAUAUAAACUAGAUAAUAUAUUAAUCGUUUUGUUUUUUAAGUAUAAUUUGUAUGACUCUGGUAAAAACAUGAGCAAACAUUUUUUUGUCUUAUUUAUCAGCAAAUAGAUAUUGAGAGAACUUCUCCAACUGAUAUCCUCUGUUCGAGCUCAUAAGUAGGACUCAUAGUCAUGAUGAAAAUAUUAAACAUGUUUGUGCUCUUAAGCCUUUCAUGAUUUUUCUAUUAAAUUUUCAGCAUAUUGCAGGAUAUUAGCAAAAAAACUGCUAUAACGAGUCUCCAUUUGAAACUUUCUCCAAUAACAGAUUUCAUAACAAUUAUUACAUUCUAAAAGUUUUAACUCAAACGAAUGGAUCCAAGUCAAUCCAUCAGACAGUGAGAUCAAUCACAGAUUCUUGCACGUUCACUACAAGAUCGUACAAUUUGAUUUCACUAUAUUGUUUGAAUUCUUUACAAUAACCCACACAGGUUAGAGUUGGGUGUGGGUGUGGGUCUCGUACUUCUCUUCAAUCACACCCAUACCCCAGCCACCCCACACCCGCACCCACACCCUUUUGCUAAUGGAAAUAUAGAAAGUAAUGGAUAUGUAGGAGGUAGCUGUAUGUUUGAAGAGGAGUCACUUUCAUCCAUAUCCACACAGUUACUAUUAGAUCGUUUCAUAGACAUAUUG